AUGAUUGAAGUCGAUCUGUACGGACCGCUGAAGCUCACAUCCUUCUUGGAAUACUUUGACACUAAAGGAUUACGGUUUACUUACUCACGCUUUUUGGUUUUUUUUGCGUUGCAGGUUUUCGUUUGCAUCUUAGCUGUGGUGGCCACAGCCCAAGCAGGUUUUCUGGGUCUUGGCGGUGGUAGCGGUGGCGGCGGCGGCGGCUACUCUUAUGGUGGCGGUGACGGCGGUCACGGUGGACAUGGUGGUUUUGAUGGUGGUCAUGGCGGUCAUGGCGGUCACGGCGGCUUCGAUGGCGGCUAUGGUGGCGGUCACGGAGGUCACGGUGGCGGCGGCGGCGAAGUGAAAAUCAUCAAGAUCAUUAGCGAUGGCGGAGAUGGUGGUCAUGGCGGACAUGGCGGACACGGUGGCUUCGAUGGCGGCUACGGUGGCGGUCAUGGCGGACAUGGUGGUCAUGGCGGUCACGGUGAUGGCGGCUUCAAUGGUGGAUUCGGAACCAGCGGUGAAUUGAAAAUCGUGAAAGUCAUCAGCGGAGGCGGCGGCGGCGGCGGUCAUGGAGGAUACAGCGGCGGCGGUCAUGGCGGUCAUGGUGGUUACAGCGGCGGCGGCGGUCAUGGCGGUCACGGUGGAUACAGCGGCGGUGGCGGUCAUGGCGGACACGGUGGCGAUGUUAAAAUCAUCAAGGUCGUGCAUGAGGAAGGCGGCGCUGGUGGCUUCGAUGGCGGUUACGGAGGCGGUCAUGGCGGUCAUGGUGGUUUCGAUGGCGGCUACGGCGGCGGUCAUGGCGGACAUGGUGGUCAUGGUGAUCACGGCGCUGGCGGUGAAGUUAAAAUCAUCAAGGUCAUCAGUGAAGGCGGCGCUGGCGGUUAUGGCGGUGAUGCCGGCGGUUAUGGCGGUGGUGCUGGCGGUUGGGCUGCUGGUGGUGGUGGCGGUGGUGGCGGCUACAGUGGUGGUGGUGGCUACAGCGGUGGUGGUGGUUGGAGUGGAGGCCAUUCCGGCGGCUACAGUGGAGGUGGUGGCUACAGCGGUGGUGGCGGCUACGGCGGCGGUGGUCAUUCCGGCGGUGUCCAAGUCAUUAAAGUAAUCGCGGCAGGCGGUCAUGGCGGCGGCGGCUAUAGUGGUGGUGGCGGCUACAGUGGUGGUGGUGGCUACAGCGGUGGUGGUUGGAGUGGAGGCCAUUCCGGCGGCUACAGUGGAGGUGGUGGCUACGGCGGAGGUGGCGGCUACGGCGGUGGUGGUCAUUCUGGAGGCCAUGUCGAUGUCUACAAAGUUAUAUCGUUAGGAAGCUCCGGCGGCGGCGGUGGUGGCUACGGAGGUGGCGGCCAUGGCGGCGGCGGUUACGGAGGUGGCGGCUAUGGCGGCGGCGGCUGGUCUGGUAGUAGUGCCAGUAGCAGCGCUGGCAGCGGAGGCUGGGGCGGUUGGGAUAGAAAGAAGUAA